AAUCCGGCUUCAGCGCUCCCUCUCCCGUGCAUUUCCUUUCGUCCCUUUAUCAUCACCCCCCGCUUUUGCGCGUUUCCACACUAGAUAUUAACAUUGUAGUUUUAUUUUGCUACUAACCACAAAAAAAAAGAACAGAAUUUUUCACUUCAAAUCUCAGAUUUUCAAACAUUUUGUUCGCGAUGUUACAUUCGAUCUAUGCAAUCCGUUCGUGAAAAUAAUGCGUUUUAAUAAUUAGUGUCUAGAGUUUUUCUAGAUAUAUAUGACUACUUGUGUAGAAUUAUGUAUGAGGCAUGUGUUUGAGAUUGAAAAAUUGCAAAUGAGCACAUUUAAAUGCAAAAGUUAUUGUUUGAAUAAGUGUGCAUCUUUUAAAUAACGGACUUCGUACAUGUCAUUUAACAAUAAUUGUUUAUGAUAUGCCUAUGUUCGUUUUUCUCAUGUUCUAACAAUUAUAUCCACUUUAUUAAUGAUUUACUUAUAUUUUACUCAGCUGAGAGUUUUUGUGCAUCACUGACUUUCUUUAGGAACAGAAUACUGAAUUACGGAACAUCAUAGACAAACUGGCACAGUUUGUUGCUCGCAAUGGGCCAGAGUUCGAGCAGAUGACAAAAAACAAGCAGAAGGACAACCCCAAGUUUGGUUUCCUGUUUGGAGGGGAGCACUUCAACUACUAUCAGUACAAAGUGACUACCGAACAAGCCAUUUUAAAGCAAAAAGGAAUAAAUCCAAUGCAAAAUGCAGACCCACGUUUAAACGUUUCGCAGCAGCAGCAAACAGCCGCAAGCGCCGUCUCGCAGCCACUGACUAACGUCAAUCUCGCGUCUGGUCUGAGCGCGCAAAACAAUGGCAUAAAUCCAGUGGUCGGGCUCGGGCCCCAAGUCGGAAGCCAGAGCGGUCCCGUUUUAUCUGGACAGAUGGGAGGGCCGGGAAACGCAGGACCGCCGAUUGGAUCUGUUCCUGGCGCCAUGGGAGGUGUGAAUCCGCCGCCGAUUGCCGGUGUCGCGCAGACGGUUAACAUCGCGGGUCCGCCCGCGUGGCUACAAAACGAACUGGCGAAUCUUCAAUCGCAGCAGACGACGUUGCAGGAACAAGUUAGACAAUCGGAACAAAAUCUUGCUGCGCAGCACGCUGCAUUGAUGGCGCAACAGCAGGGGAGAGUAGAGGAUGCCGUGAGGCAGGCGCAAGAACAGGCACUACAGAAUAGCGCGCAAAGCACAAAUACAGAUCUUGCUGCAUUUGACACAGUGCUACAACCGAUCAUCGAUAGCUGCACGAAGGACAGUAUAAGCGCGGGAAAGGCCUGGAUACUUCAGAACUCGCUUACUCCGCAGAGUAAUCAAGUUGUUGCUGAUCAUUUGUUAAAAAAAGUAAUUCAGGGAACAACCUUUAGUCAUAAAUUACACAUUAUCUAUCUAGUGAAUGACGUCUUACAUCACUGUGCGAGAAAAAAGUCUAUGGAUCUUCGCAAGGCAAUGGAAAGUGUUGUAGUUCCCAUGUUCUGUAACACCUCACUAGCAGCAUCUGAAGAGCAGGUUACCAAGCUGAAUAAACUGUUAAGUCUGUGGGAAUCGAAGAAUAAUUAUUUUGAUGAGGGUAUCAUAGACAAGUUGAAACAACCGAGCACAUCCUGGUCGGAAUAUCAAGCUAAUCUCGUAGCGCAACACGCUACCGCAAUUACUCCUAUCACUACCUCGACAAAACAAACAUUCGAUAAUUAUCAGGCUCAACAUCAAGCGUUCGUCAAUCACGCACUGAGACAGAUCCAGAAUAUUGAGCAACAAAAGAUAGCUAUAGAUCAACAAUUGAAAGCUCCGCCGCCGCCGCCGCCGCCACCUCAAAUAGUAAAUCAGCAAAACAUGUCGAUGCCACCUAGUCAUUCUGGUCCUCCCGGUGCGAUAGGCACGGAUGUAAAUUUCAGUCAACCACCUCCCGGAUGGGGUGUCCCGCCAUCGAACGAACCGCCACCGUUUACUAACGUUCCUUUACCGGACUUUUCGAAACCACCGCCCGGUUUUGGACCUCCCCCAGUUAUUCACGAACCUUCCGUCGAGGAUUUAAUGCCCAGUAUGCCUUACUACGAGCUUCCGGCUGGUUUGAUGGUACCUCUGAUAAAAUUGGAGGAUGGCGAAUACAAACCGUUGGAUCCAGAAGCGAUAAGACUACCACCUCCUGCGCCACCGAGCGAUCGUUUGGUCGCAGCUGUGGAGGCAUUUUAUGCACCGCCAAAUCAUGACUCUCCCAGAGAUAGUGAUGGAUGGGAAAAAUUAGGAUUAUACGAAUAUUACAAAGCAAAAAAUGCAGCUCGCAAGCAUAAGGAGGAGGACAUAGCAGCUGGAAUUAGACAACGAUCUAAAUCCCCAUCGCCGAUUCUCCGACCGAGAUCGAAGAGCCCUAGUCCACCAAAGAAACGUUACAGAAGCAAGUCGCGCAGCAAAUCGCGCUCGCGAUCUCGGGGCAGAAGUAGAUCGAGAUCGCCGACCAAUCACAGACGCAACAGUCGCAAUAGCAAUCACAUCAGUCGAAGCCGAAGAAGAAGAAACAGCAACAAAGAUCGCAGUCCCGAUAGAAGAAUAGACAGGCAGGAUAGGAGUCCAACCCCGCCAAGUUUUUUGGGUUCUACUUAUAGCAAAGCGCCGCAAGAAAUCAGUCUCGACGAGAGCAACAAAGGACAUCAGUUACUCAAGAAGAUGGGCUGGGGCGGUGCCGGUCUCGGCGCGAAUGAACAAGGCAUAGAAGCACCCAUUUCCGGAGGCGAGAUUCGCGACAAAAACGAUCAAUAUAAGGGAGUUGGCAUCAACUUGAACGAUCCGUACGAGACGUUCCGGAAGAACAAAGGUCAGGCGUUUAUCACGAGAAUGAAAGCCAGAGCGGAGGAAAGAGCGGAAGAGAGGGGUGACCGUGAUUGAGCGUUACCAACGUAAGAACGUAAAGUCGUUUGAAUGUCUCUGCGAAGUUAAAAAACAAAUGCUUUUGUGAGUGAGGGACUGGUGUCUGGCAUCAAGGUUCGAGGACAGAUUCUCUUUCCGAUCAAUUCGAUGAUUUCACUCACAACUCUCGAAUAGAAAAACGAACAAACAUGUUGACCUAUGCCUAUGAGGGCUUUUUCAAAGAACGAUUUACUUGCUUAUACUUUCAAAACAAUCGUCUAUCUUGCUGCAUAUGUAAAAUAUACGCAAAUGGACUCUCAUUGUUGUCCCGAAACAAACAACAACCACGCCGAAUAUUUCGUUCGGGAGUUUUAAAAAGUCUUAUACAGUAAGCGAUCAUUUAGAAUAAAUUUUAUGAUGAAUUUUUCUCAAAAUUGUACAUUUUUGACUUAGGUAAAAUCAUGAUUAGAAAUGUUAUCAGAAAUUUCUGAUACAGUUAAACACUCGUAAUGUACUAAUAUUUCUUUGUAAAAAUCUUAAUUUUGUUUUGUUUUUUGUAAAAAAUCGAGAAUGGAAUGUGCCGCCUAUACACACUAUGGGUUUCCAUUUGGACGAAACUCGCGCGCGCUUUUGAGCAUCAGCCCGAUCAUCUUUGUUUUGACAUUUGAAGAGCGACAAAAAGACUGACGCUCAAAGCGUGUGAACGUUCAAAGUCAACACACACAUACCCUAUGUGUGACAUGAGGAAAAUCGUGCCUACAUAGUCUCGAUUCUAGUAAUACUUUCGUGUGCAUGGUCUAUUUAUAAAAAUAUCGAGACUCCUGGAGACUGAAUCGUCGCAGCUUCUGUUGGAUAACGACGUCGGAAAACGAGAAAAUGUACGCCUAAAAUUGCUGUAAUUUGCAAUCAAUAAAUUAAGAUUUUUUAUAUAAAAAAAAAGGAAAAAAAAAA